GCGCGAUCUGGGCGGGAAGAGCGGUGGGAGUGGGUGACGGCGCUGCCUCUGAGGAGCGAGCGGCCACCGCCCGGCGACUGGUCAAGCCGCGAGCCUCGCCGGUUUUGCCGGAUGACGGGUGGGAUCUGAAAGCCGUGCAGGCAAACCAAUGAUUGGGAAAAGCUCAUCCCUGUUUUGAGACAAAGGCUGGAACCAGACAGAGGGGAGGGGGAGAAGGAGGAUGAGUCUCCUAAAGCCGAGUGGGCUGAAGGCUCCGAACAAGAUUGCCAAGUCAGGGAGUACCGCAGCAAAGACGAGUGCUUCUCAAUCAUCAACGCCGACAGUGGCUGCAGCAAAAUCAUCACCUGGUGAGAAGUCGCCACCAAGUUCAUCCACUACAGAGGCACAGGAAGAGUUUGUGGAUGAUUUUAGAAUUGGAGAACGGAUUUGGGUCAACGGUACGAAGCCUGGCUUCAUCCAGUUCCUAGGCGAGACUCAGUUUGCCCCAGGCCAAUGGGCUGGGAUUGUUUUGGACGAACCAAUUGGCAAAAAUGACGGUUCAGUCGCGGGGGUACGGUACUUCCAGUGUGAGGCGCUGCGUGGGAUAUUUACGAGACCUUCUAAACUCUCCAGGAAACAAACAGCAGACAGCGAAGCCAAUGGGGCGCAGACUCCUGCAGGGUCCACUUCCCGGGCCACAUCGCCAACGUCUGCAUCAAUCAGUACAGCUGCAUCCACUGCAACCCCCCAGAAGGCACCACAGGACACCACCACACCUUCCUCCAUGACCAACCUCUUAAGAACCGCAAGCGAAUCAAUCUCGAACCUUUCGGAAGCCGGUUCUGUUAAGAAAGGGGAACGCGAGUUGAAGAUUGCGGACCGAGUCUUGGUUGGGGGUACGAAGGCGGGUGUCGUGCGGUUCUUAGGGGAGACGGACUUUGCCAAAGGAGAAUGGUGCGGAGUGGAACUGGACGAGCCCCUUGGCAAGAACGAUGGGGCUGUGGCUGGCACCAGGUACUUUCAAUGCCAGGCAAAGUACGGACUGUUUGCACCAGUCCACAAAGUAACCAAAAUUGGAUUUCCAUCAACAACGCCAGCGAAAGCCAAGACAACCGUGCGGAAGAUGGUGGCGACUCCUUCAAAUCUCAAGCGCAGUCCGAGUGCCUCGUCCAUCAGCUCUCUGAGCUCUGUCGCGUCUUCCAUCAGUGGUCGACCCAGUCGGACAGGAUUGCUAACGGAAACGUCCUCGCGCUACGCCAGAAAGAUUUCGGGAACCACUGCACUGCAGGAGGCUCUGAAGGAGAAGCAGCAGCACAUUGAGCAGCUUCUGGCGGAGCGAGACAUGGAACGAGCCGAACUUGCCAAGUCAACCAGCCAUUUAGGAGAGAUGGAGCACGAGCUCACCUUACUUAGGACGGGUCAUGAACAGCAAGUGCUGGAGAUGGAUGCUAAGAUGGACCAGCUGAGGGCGUUGGUCGUGGCUGCUGAUCGGGAAAAGGUGGAGCUCCUCAACCAGCUAGAGGAGGAAAAAAGGAAAGUGGAAGAUCUCCAGUUCCGUGUAGAGGAAGAGUCCAUUACCAAAGGUGACCUCGAGACGCAGACCAGACUGGAGCAUGCCCGCAUUAAGGAGCUUGAACACAGCCUGCUCUUUGAAAAGACCAAAGCUGAGAAACUCCAGAGGGAGUUAGAAGACACUAGGGUGGCAACUGUGUCUGAGAAGUCGCGCAUAAUGGAGCUCGAGAGGGACUUGGCGUUGCGCAUGAAGGACGUGUCCGAGCUGCGGCAGAGACUGGAGAGUACCAAAGGUUCAGGCAGCACAGAUGACCUUGCAUUGCCCUCCCCUCUGUUGGAGGAGGUCAGCUCUCUACGAAAUCAGAUCACAGCCAUGAACAACGAGCACCUAAGCCAACUCAACGCCUGGAAAUACAAGCUAGCAGCCUCCGAUAGCCAUCACCAGCAGGACCUCCAGCAGCUGCGGGCCACCAACGACACGUUGUCCAUGGACAACAAGACUCUCCAGGCCAAGCUAGACCAAGCCAGUGUCCAAACCGCAGAGGUCGUCAGUCAAUGGAAAAGCAAGAUAGAGGCUGCCAUGGCAUCUCAACAGCAAGCUAUGGAAGAUCUGAAGUCCUCCUCCAGCAAAGGAGCGGCUGAGCAGUCGGCGGAGUUGCUGGAGAUGAAAAUCACCUUUGAGAAGCUCAAGGUAGAACGUCAGGCGGAGAGUGAGAACGCCAAGAUCGAGCAAGAGCGGGUAAGGCUGGUCCAUGCCAAGGAGGUGGAAGAGCUGAAGGGUCAGAUGUUGGUGAUCACUGAGGACAGGGAGAAGCAGCUCGAGAGCCUCAGGUCCCAGCUGGAUUCAGCCACCGACCAGCACCUGGUGGAGAUGGAGGAGGCCCUGAGCAAGCUGCAGGACACGGAGCUGAAGGUAAAGGAUCUGCAGGUGUCGCUUAGUGAGGGCCAGGAGCGGGUAGGAGCACUGGAGGCCCUUGAGGCACAGGUGGCAACGGCUGACCAGAAGGUGGCAGAGUACGAGCUGCUGCAGGAAGCGGAAACCAGAGGUAAAAAGGAGAUUGAGAGACUCGGCAAGCAGCUCGAAGAAGCCCAGUCCCAAAUUGUAACCAUAAAGGCUUCACAGCAUGACGGAGAGAGUAAGGUUAGUGACUUGGCAAAGCAGCUGGAAGAGCGAGAGCAGUCACACGCUAUCCUGGAGCAAGCACUGGCUACAGUCAGCCAGGAUAAGCAAACCUUGGAGGAGCAACUGCAGUCCAUGAAAGAGAUGAUCGGCAGCACGUCCAACACGCAACAGAAGCUACAACACACUAUGCAAGAAAUGCUGGAAAAGCUGAAGAAGAAAGAGGAGCAACAGGCCUCAUUGUCCUCCGAGGUGGUGGAGCUCAAAUCUCAGCUCUCUGCUAUGGAGAGGAAGAUGAAAUCUGCAGAGGUAAAGACGACACAGCUGUCCGAGGAGAAAACCAAGCUGGAGAACGAUAUCUCAGAGAUGAUCAAGUCUUCGGGGGAUAACUCCACUCAGCUCACCAAGAUGAACAAAGACCUGAAGGAGAAAGAAAUGAAGCAGAAUGAACUGCACGCUCAGCUCACACAGUCCACUGAGGAGAUCGGCCGUUUGCAGGAGUGCUUGGAGCAAAGCACGCGUACAGCCGAGCAAAGCCAGCAGGAGGCGCUGCAGAAACACCAGGACCAGCUGAGCACCUUGCAGGAGAAAAUGAUUGAGCUGAGAAAGCAGGUGGAGCUGAGCGAGCAGUCCAGGAAGCAGCUGCAAAGCACCCACGAGAGAUCCCUAUCCGAGGUGAGCACCAAGAGCGAGACCAUCACCAAAGAACUAAGCCACAAACUGCAGCAAGCGGAAGAUGAGGUGCAGAGCUCCAAGGAGAGGAACGGCCAGCUGGAAAAACAGAUACAAGAGCUCAAAACUCAGGUGGAACGUGUCCAGUCUUUAACCAAUGAGCUAGCGUCAGCCAAGUCUGAGUGCGAACGUGUAGCAGAGGAUGUGAGCGCUUUAAAGGGAGAUAACGAUCAUCUGGCUCAGCAAGGAGACGCGCUGCGAGCCGAGCGAGAGUCCCUCUGGUCAGAGCUCGGGGAGCUGAAAUCUCAGUGCACAGCCCUGAGCAAAGAAAACCAGGACUUAGAGUCCCAGAACGGACAACUCCUGCUGGAAAAGGGGGAGUUUUUGAAGGAAAGGGAGGAUUUCCGCCUGGAAAAGGACGCCUUAGUGAUGGAGAAAGGCCAGGUUCUCGCAGAGGCCGACCGUCUGCGGGAGAAGGUUGACGGGUUAAAGGAUGAAAACGGAGCCUUGCAGGUGUCUGAAUCCAGCCUCAAUGCGUUACUAGCGGAGACGCGGAGCAGGAGAGACGCGGAGCGCGAGCAGCUACAACUGGAGAAGGAGGAGCUGCUGUCUGCUCGGGGACAAACGGCGGCGGAAAUGGAGGAAGUGGCAAGAGAACGGGACAGGUUGGCCCAAGAACUCCGCCGCUGUCGCGAAGAGGCCGACACGGAGCGGGAAGCGCUGGUCGGGGAGAGGCAGGCCCUGAGAACCCAGCUGGAUGAGGCUUUGUUACGAAGUGCCCAGCACGAAGCCGGCCACAGCCUCCUCCAGGAGGAAAACAGGCGGCUGGAAAGAGAGAGUGGGGCGCGGGUGUCGCGGGAGGAAAGCCUGGAGAAGGAGCUGGAGGGUCUCCGCUCACUGCUCCAGGAGCUGAGUCAGGAAGCGCAGAACCUGGCAGCCGAGAGGGAUGAGGCGCGGAACCACUGUGGGGUCUGGAGGAAAGAAGUCGAGGAGCGCGUGAAGGAGGCGGCAGAGCUUCAAGCCUCCAAACUCAGCCUUUCCCAACUCCUGGAGGAGGUGAAGAGCAGCCGAGAGAUGACGAAUUCGGAGCGCGUCCGCCUGCUGGAAGAGAAGGAAGCGCUGAUGGCCUCUCAGAGAGAGACAGUUGGGCAGAGGGACCAGCUGGUGAGGGAGAACGAGGAGUUGGGUAGAAAGCUGCAGAGGUGCAGCGAGGAGGCGGCGCUGCGCGAGGAGAGCCUCAGGCGACAGAGCAGCGAUCUCGCAGCAGAGAACGACUCAAUCGCGUUGAGGUUGUCCCAGCUGGAAUCGCGCUGCGUGGCUUUACUGCGGGAGAAGGAAGCUCUGGAGAGUCAAGGCUGCGAGCUGCUGUCAGACAAAGCUUCUCUCUUGAGAAAGGUGGAGGAGGUCAGGUCUCAACAGCAAAGGGAAGCCUCUGAGAGAGCAGCAGAUCGCGAUCAGCUCCUCGACAGCAUCGAGGGCUUAAAGGAGGAACUCAGCAGGUCAGCGCGAGACAAGGCAGAGCUGGAGGUCGCUGCCUCCGGUCUCUCCUCACUCCUCGCCGAGACUCAGAGUGGGAAAGAAGCUUUAGACUCGGAGAGACUCCGUCUGAUACAUGAGGAGAGAAGACUGGCAGCCGACCUUCAGCAGCAGAGCUGGGAGAAGGAGCGUCUUGUUAAAGAGAUGGCCGAAUGGCAGAAUAAACACAACCGACUCGACGAAGAGGUCAGAGUGGUGCAGGGUCAACUAACACGAGAGAGGGAUGCCACUGUGGUGGAGAGAGAGUCCGCAGCUGCAGUUCAUUCUAGUCUUGAGAAUCAUGUCCGUUUACUGCAGCAGGAGAUGGAGGACCUCAUGCUGGCCAAUGCUGACCUGCUGUCCCAGAAGGAUCGAGUGUUGGAGGAGAAGCUGGUGUCAGAAGCUGAACACAGGAAGGCGGUCAGUGAGAGGGACGAGCUGAGGGAUGAGAGAGAUCAGCUUCUCUCCGGGGCCGAAGUGCUGAAGAAGGCGCUGGAUAUAUCAGCCAGAGAGAAGGUGGAGCUGCAGAAGGCGCACUCCAGCCUGUCCAUGCUGGCAGACUCUCUCCGCGCUGGGCAGGAAACCUCGGAUGUGGAUCGAGCUGGACUCCGUCGCCAGAAGGAGGAGCUGCUGGAUCAGGUGCGGGGCCUGCUGGCCGCCCAGGCAGAGCUGAGCAGCGAGAGAGACGGGCUGGUGGAGGCCCAGCGCAGGCUGAAGGAGCAGGCCGCUCGAGGUGAGGAGCAAGUUUCUGCUCAGCUCCAGCAGCUGCUGGGGGAAAGGCGGACGCUGCUGGCGGAGGGAGAGAACCUCAGCUCCCAGCUCCACGAACUCCGGAGUCUACAGAACCUUACCUUAUCAGAGAAGAGCGAGGCCAUGCGAGCAGCCGAGGAGGCCCAUCAGUCGCUGGAGCAGGAGACGAGGGAGAGGAGCGCUCUGAAGCAGCAGGAGGCUGAGACGUCGGCAGCGCUGGAGACCUCCAGGCUGAACAACCAGCAACUUCAGCAGGAGCUGGAAGCGCUCAAAGAGAAGAACAGUAAAUACCAGGAGGAUCUGAGCCACUCCAAGCAGCAACUGAGCUCGGAGAAUCAGAGAAUCGGAACCCUGUGCAAAGAAAUAGAGGAGAUGAAGCUGGCAGCGACCCACAAGUCCCAGCAACUGUCGGCGCUGCACGAGGAGAAUGUCAAGCUCUCGGGCGAACUUGGCCGGAGCAAGGACGAGGUCACCAGCCACCAGAAGCUCGAGGAAGAGCGAUCUGCACUCAAUAACCAGCUGCUAGAAAUGAAAAAGAGCUUGCCCAAUAACACUAUAAGAGAGACUUUAUUAAAGAAAGGGUUUGAUGAAGAGAAAAACUCAUUACAGAAAUCCAUUGCUGAUACUAGUGCCUUGAUCACAGAGAGGGAUAACGAGCUUGAGAGACUCCGGAGCGAGGUGUCGGCGCUGCGUGGUGAGAACGCCAUGGCAAAGGACUUACAGUCAGCGGUGCAGACCCUGCAGUCUGACAAAGCCAAGCUCGAGCGGAAGAUCCAGAGUUUGGAAAAGAAAAUCAAUGAUGACAAGAGGCAGCUUGACAAUGCCCCGACCUCGUCAGAUGAUCCAGUCGUCGAUCCACUGAGAGAAGAACAGGAGUCAACAGAACACCAGGAUACGAUCGACUUCUUGAAUUCGGUAAUCGUGGAUCUUCAGAGAAAGAACGAGGAGCUGAAGAUGAAGCUGGAGAUGAUGGUUGAAGCCUCACUGAACGGAAACACCUCUCAUGACAUGAACACCUCGGACCGUUUGGGUGAGUCAGGGAAGAAGCAGCUGCCUCCCCGCCUGUUCUGUGACAUCUGUGACUGUUUUGACCGCCACGACACGGAGGACUGCCCCACGCAGGCUCAGCAGAUGUCAGAGUCCCCGCCACACACUGCCUACCAUGGCAGCCGGAGCAACGAGCGGCCGUACUGCGAGACCUGCGAGGUGUUCGGGCAUUGGACGGACAGUUGCAACGACGACGAAACGUUCUGAAUGCAGUCGUCCUCUGUUCCGUCCGUGUUAGGUCCGUCCUGUCUCCGCAAAGUUGUUUAUUUUGCUGAAACAACGGCCUUUUAUUUCCUCUCUCUCUCUCUCUAUCCCCCCCCCACCCACCCACCCUCCUUUCCAGAAUAUCCACAGAACAUCCUGCAAUCUUCCAGUAUCAAAUAUCAUUUUUUUUAUUAAAGCAAAACUCUUGUGUGAUCCUGGGUAUUGUACAAAGAAAACCAAUCUCUGCAGCAUUUUGAAAUGCACCUACUUCUCGGUGAAUGUCGGAUACUUCAGUCUAUGUAUAAAAUGACAUGGGAACACUCUCCUGUUGUUCUUUGUAAAAUAUAUAUGUGGGAAAAUUAGGCUUUAUCAACCUGUUUGUGUAUAUAUAAAUACCUUCGGUUUAUUUUGCCCAAAAGCCAAUUUACUCAGAAGUCAGCAAUAUGAACAUGCUGAAUAUUUUUUCUUUCCACCGUUUCUAAGUUUGGAUUUGAAAUGAAUGUAUAGAAUCACCGUACAUGUGUUGCAGGGGAGAAAAGGCACCUGUAAAGACAGUAUUAACUCCAGCACUUUGUACUGUACCAACGUUAAUAAGUUAUUAUCUGCGGCUGUUGACUGUCUGGACCUGUAUAUGAUAUAAUAUACCGAUAUAUAAUAUAUGAUGUACAAUAUGAUAUAAUGGUUUGGCAGCUUUCUGUCAUUUUAAUUCUUGGUUGAUUUUCAGUGUCUUGCAUUCUCUGCAUUAUUUUAGCUCCUCUUCCCCCAAUUAUUUAAGAAUUCAAUUGACUUUCCUAUGAAUAAUCAAAGUGAAGGAGGGGAAGAAGGUGUUGCGAUUGUAAGGUCUGAAAUGAAAGCUUCUUUGUGCGUUUUGUAAAAUCUAAAUGUGCCCAAUUGAGAACUUGCACAUUUAUGAUUUCCCUUCUCUCUUGUAAGUCCCCUUCUUGUUGUUUUCCCUCACCUGCAGGUUCUCAUGCUGUUUCCUGUACGACUCUAAAUAAAACUCAUUCACAAAUGA